AAAACUGACCCGAACCCGACGGACCUCUAACGUGAACGGCUCUAAGACCGCUGACAACAGCGUAACCGCGCGUGCACUCAGAACAUCAUGUCACCCCUCAAGUGAUUUUUGCGGAGCUUUCCUACCGGGGCGGCUAUGAAUAAGGUGAAUACAGCCUGUGCAGCAUCAGUGGGUAAUCAUUGGAGUCUUUCCUCACCACACAAGCACUUCUCAAACUCGGCGGAAUGAACAGGGCUUUUACCAGGAGAAAAGAUAAGCCAACCAUGCACACACCUGAAGCCCUGGUGAGAAGCCACGUUGUAUAUAAUGCUAAGUUUUUGGGAAUAACAGAGGUGGAGGAGCCCAAAGGGACAGAUGUGGUACGUGUGGCCAUCAGAAAGCUGAAGUUUCAAAAGCACAUCAAGAAGUCAGAGGGGCAGAAAACUCCUAAAGUGGAGCUUCAGAUCUCUAUUUACGGUGUGAAGAUACUGGACCCCAAAACAAAGGAGAUGCAGCACAGCUGCCAACUUCACAGAAUGUCCUUCUGCGCAGAUGACAAAACUGAUAAAAGAAUCUUCACUUUUAUCUGUUCAGAACCGGAGACUAAAAAGCACCUGUGUUACGUGUUCGACAGCGAAAAAUGUGCAGAGGAGAUCACUCUUGCUAUUGGACAAGCCUUUGAUCUCGCCUACAAGAUGUUUCUGGAGUCUGGUGGAAAAGAUGUAGAGAUGAGAAAACAGAUUGGAAACCUUCAGAAACGAAUUCAGGAUUUAGAGAUGGAGAACUUUAAACUGAAGAAGAAACUGAAAGACUUGGAGGACCAGAUGAUGGAUUCUCGCUGCUCACCAAGACCGUCUGCCUUGUCCUGGUGUGGUGAUGUCACAUCCCUGUCAAGCUUAGAGAUCUCCUCUGUCACUCUAACACCUGCCAGUUCACCCGAUUCCAGCCAAUCAGCAAGCUUGCUCACUCUGCCUAUGGCUAAGCCCAACCACUCACAGCCCACAAGCAGCUAUAACGUACCACGACCUCUUGCUGGAAGCAUACAAGCUACAGCACUCUCUACUGACAUAUUUGAUAUGGUUCCAUUCACCCUUGCGUCUCCAAUAACAAGAAGAGCGAAUUGUAAUGGGAUAUCAUCUCAGAACAACCCACUGCCGCCAAAAGACAAAGAUAUAGACCUGUUUGGAGCAGAACCAUUUGAUCCGUUUAUCUGUGGACCUGCUAUCCUAACACCAGACAUUCAGUCCAAACUGGACGAGAUGCAGGAGGGGUUCCAAAUGGGAUUAACUCUAGAGGGGACAGUUUUUUCUCUGGAUCAGGUGGACAGCCAAUGCUGAUUUUGGAAAGACAUUUUUGAACAGUAUAUACUGUACUCUAAUCACGUUUUGGAUUGAUUUUGAAAGAAAAAUAAGAGGAGCCUAAAAAAGUUCUGUAAAGGUCAUUUCUAUUUUUAUAUAGUAAACAUUAAGAUUGUACAUAUGUUUGGGGAUUUGUCUUAAAUCUUGUACCAAAAAUUGUUAACAUUUAUUUUAGCUUUCUAAAAGUUCCAGAAUAGGUUGCUCAUGUUGUAAUGGUGCAACUUAAAUUUUUAUUUAAAUUGAAAGGCAAUCUUAAUAUUAUAUCCCAGCUAUAUUACAGGAUUAUGGCUCUAUCAGCUUUUACUGUAAGAAUGUACAAUCACAGGCAUGCUGAGUGACUCAAGCCAGGUCUCCUAAGCAACCAAAUUAGCCCGGUUACUAGGGAGGGUAGAGUAACAUGGGGUAACCUCCUCGUGGUCACUAUAACGUGGUUCUCGCUCUCGGUAGGGCGCGUGGUUAGUCGUGCAUGGAUGCCACGGAGAAUAGCAUGAAGCCUCCACAAGUAAUACACUCAACAAGCCACGUGAUAAGAUGCGCAGAUUGACGGUCUCAGACGUGGAGGCAACUGAGAUUCGUCCUCCGUCACCCAGAUUGAGGCGAGUCAUUACGCCACCAUGAGGACAUUGGGAUUUGGCCAUUCCAAUUUGGGGAGAAAAAGGGGAGAAAAAACGAAUGUACAAUAAUAAAUGGCUAAAUCAACAUCAGGUGUUAGAUAAUCUAUCUGGUGGGUCUCGAAUAUAUUCAGCCCUUGAAGUUUCCUUUACAGAUGUUCAGAAAAUGAUCUUUCCCUCCAUUGAUGGCUAUUUAAAUAUUUAUGUUAACUGC